AUGAAGUUCGAAGAACCGCCGGUACCGCACACCGACACAGUGGACUUGCAGCCGCCAUUGUCGACCGACUUGGAGGAAGGAGGAAGUGGGCAGUGGGCAGAAAUGAAAUGUGAGAAGGGGGUUGUGAAAAAGAAGAUGGGGCAGGAAGCAUAUAUAAUACAGGAGAAGAGCGGGAAAAUGGCAAGCCCGCGCGGGAAGAAAUGA